GGAAAGGGAGAAUUGGGGGAAUUUAAUUUAUUGGGGCCUUCAAAGUUUCCAUUUCUUUCAGAUCCCCCAAUUCAUUUUCUUCAUCUCUUCCAAUCCCCCAAUUUCAAUCUCCGGCCACCAUCAAAAUCAAAAACAAUAAAACUAUGACCAAUUACGGCACCAUUCCGACCUCUUCCGCCGCCGCCGCCAACCUCGAAUACAUCUCUCGCGCCAAACAGCGUUUCAAAGACGGCCUCGGUCACCGCCGUCCAUGGCGUCUAAUCGCCGACUACCACUCCUUUACUCUCCCUUCUAACCUCCAUGACACCCUCUCUCGCAUCAAAAUCAACCUCACUUACUUCCGUAUGAACUACGCCAUUGUCGUCCUCGUUGUCCUCUUCCUCGCUCUCCUCUGGCAUCCCAUUUCUCUCCUCGUCCUCUUCCUCAUGUUAUCUCUCUGGCUUUUCCUCUACUUCCUCCGCGAUCAGCCUCUCAUUCUCGCCGGCCGCGUUCUUGAAGAUUGGAUCAUUCUCCUCCUCCUCUCCCUUUUCACCCUCGGAUUCUUGUUCUUGACUAACGCUACUCUCAACAUUCUCAUCGCUUUGCUCGUUGGCGCUGCCCUUGUUUUGGCUCACGCCGCUGUUAGAAAGACCGAUAAUCUUUACUUGGAUGAAGAAGAAGCUACUGGAUUGAUUGCGCCUGGAUCCUGAUCGCAACUCAUUACUGUUGUUAAUUGUAGAGGUUAAUUCCAUCCUCUUCUUAUGAUCAUCCACCUCUGUUUUUUUUUUUUUUUUGCCAAUUGAAAAUUUGAUGAAAUUAUGCUAUUCCAUUUCCGUUCUCAAAUUCCACUUAAUUCUUCAUUUUGCAUUCGUUUCUUCUUCCUCCUCUUGUUUUUUUUUAUUUUUUGUUUUGUGUUGUAAUUUAAUCUGUUAGGUUUGUAAUUCUUGACAUUUUUUUGUGCUUGAUUCUAAAUUGGAAAACUCAAGAAUGUCUUUUUCCUUAGUCUAAUUAGAAUUAUGUUCUUUAUUUAGUUGUUUUUAUGAAGUUGAGUUGUUAUGCAA